CUCCUUGCAGCACAGAGCAUUUCUCCAAAGCGCUGCCGAAGGCCUCCAUACAAAGAGAUACCAUUGAAUCCGAAAACCUUGUACUGAUCCUGCAAUGGCAGUCGACGCGAACUUUGUGUCGCUGUUCGAGAAGUUGAAAGUGGAAGAUCCAUGUCUGCCGCCGAGGCCUUGGGAGUCGAUCCCUUCCGAGAGCGGCCCUCCUCACUCCUCCGACACUCAAAACCCUCGGCCUCCUUUGUACCACACUCCCAUUGUCUCCGAGGCAAGUUUGGUAAGGUUGGUAAUGAAUGCCCUGCAAGGUAUAGAAUCAGCUCUUGUAGCCAUUGAAAAGAUCUUCGCAACAUUCUAUUCUUAUCCAGCUGACAGAACCUUCCAUAGAAUUUCCAGUUUGUGGAAUCGUUCAUCAAGCACUCUUGCAUUGGGACAAAUAUUGAAAUCCAUAGGUCAAUAUGGUUGUGUAGUGUUUCUUCUCCGUAAAUUUGUGGAUCAUUUUUCUGACUGUAGUGUGGAUGAAACUUCAAGUUGCAAUAAGCUUAAGCAUUUAGAAGCAGAGGAAAAUCAUAAUGGUUGCCAAGAUCAAGGAGAAUGCCAACCAUACAGUCUUGUUAAUCAUGCAUUUGCUGUUGCUGUAAGAAAGAUUUUGGAAGGUUAUUUAUGUGCAUUGGAUACACUACCUGCAUCUGUGGGUUUUAGACGAUCAUUGAAGGCUGUUGAUAAGGCUUCUUCAUGCAGUUCUUUUGAAGUAGGCUGUUUCAUGAGCUCAGUGCAUUCUGAAAUUACCCUAUUGGAGGUUUACCUGCACACUGAGGAGUUGAGAACUAGAAUUGAAGCGACUGGAAAUAUCUGUAAUAUAUGUGAUGUAGCUCUUUGCUUUACAGAAUCAUCUUUUGAAGGGCUAAUUGAUAAAGCGAACUUAGAGUUUCUUAACUUCCCAAGAGGUGGAGAUCUGCUUACUUAUUUGUAUUCACAACUAAGGGUUGCUGAUCCUGUCCAUAGUGCUCUCCUCAAGUUUCUCUUUCUUCAUUCAUGUGAACCAUACUGUGAAUUUAUUAGAUCGUGGAUUUAUGAAGCCAAAAUUAGUGAUCCGUACAACGAAUUUGUAGUCGACUAUGUUGAAAAUUCACCAUCUUAUUUACCCAGUGAAGCUGGAAGUUCUAGUGAUGUUCUGUCGGCAACUAUUAGGGAACGAGAUGGAGUUGUCGUUCCUUGUUUCCUGAAAGAUUUUUUGGUUCCUCUUUUCAGAGCUGGCCAGCAGCUUCAAGUGCUAACAAAAUUGAUUGAAUUAUGUAGUUAUGCUGAUAGUGGAAACCAUACUUAUGAGGGUAUCCUUACCCAUUGGAAUGAUUUCUCAAGUGAUUAUCAAUCUUUUGCAUCUCCAUUAACUUUUAACAGAGGAACCAUAGAAGCUUUAGUACUUGCGAGGAACAAUUAUUACAAGAAGAUGCUAGAAAAACUUGACGUCAUUUUGACAAAGCCAGAAAUCAGAUACCAACAGGUGGUUUCAUAUGACAAUAAAACAAUCUUUACAAACGGAGGGAAUCUAAGCAACACAGUUUCAUUGCUAAAGGAUGCCUAUUUUGUUUCUCCUUUGACAGAUGAAAAAGAUUUGAAUACUGAUGUUGAUGAAAUGGAGUCUCUGGCAUCUAGCACGGUACAUGAUGUUUUUACUGCUGAUGAUCAGUCAGCAUCAUCAGAAUGUUCAUCUCAAAGUGGUUCUGAAGAGAAAAAUGAGUCUCUUAAGUUGUGGGAUCUUCCUAAUAAUUUGGUUACAUCUGAGCAGACAUGCUUAUCUGAUUUAACCUUAUUAUCAGGUAUUUUCAUCGAUAAUUCAUCAUGGAAACCUUCCAUAGGUGACCCAUCAAAUCUCAUAGAUGGGGAUUAUUGUGAAAUUUAUGACAGAAAAGAUCUAGAUAGCCUUUUGGAACAUCCUUAUCCUAGAGAACCAAAUUUGAGUGACUAUCUUUGGUGCUCUGAUUCAGGGCAGCCUAACUGGUCACGCUUUUCUGAAACUCAAGACUUUGAUAGUCAGUAUGACAAAGGCUGGCUGAGUAGUUGUGGAUGUCAUUGUCAUCCAGACACAAGGUCUGGACAUGAUGUAACUUCCCACACUUCUGAAUGUGGGUUGAAGAUGCUCACUGGAAAUACUGGAGUAUUGGAAAAGGUUAAUCUCCAUUUGAGCAAUAUGAUUCUUACUGAAAAUUAUAUGACAGACGAAAUUAAUAACAACGAUCAACUUUCAAGCAGAUGCUGGGCUUCACCAAAGCUAUUUACUCGGCAACAAGGGAAGGUCAAAUAUGAUUCCAAUCUUCUCAGCAUGAACCCAGUAUUGUCUAGAAAUGACCUGAUGAGAAAGCAGGGAGAGAGAGGCCAUGCAGACACUGCAGAACCUUUUCCUUGUUUCGACUUUUCAUCUGUGAAGGAACCUUGCAAGGUAUAUGCGGAAAAUUUAACUGCCAGUUCCAAGAAUCAAUUUGGAGCUGAUCUUCCAAUUCUCAGUAACCCUAAUCCAUCUGCUGCAAUUGGUCUAAGUAAUUAUCACAGUAAAGAGUGCAAUGAUAGUCAAGAGAUCUUGGUUGAGAAAAAUGAGUCUUCUCAUGUUAAAACUCUGGACUUGAGGAAUGAUGAGAAAGAAGAAGUGCCUCUGGCAAAUGUUCGAGGUGGAAGUGGUUGGCAGAGUAUGCUCAGUUCAGAUAAUAAUGCCAAUUUUAGCACUGGAGAUUGCAUGAAGAAUUUGGCAGCUGUAUUUGAGAUGCCACUUGAUUACAUUAUUGAUAAAUGCCUCUUGCAGGAAAUCUUGCUUCAGUAUUGGUAUGUGAGCAAGUUGACAAUUAAAUUACUUGAAGAAGGAUUUGCUUUGCAAGAACAUUUGCUGGCAUUGCGGCGGUAUCAUUUCAUGGAAUUAGCGGACUGGGCAGAUUUGUUUAUCAUGUCUCUUUGGCAUCGUAAAUUGUAUCUAACAGAGGCAGAUAUGAAAGUAUCAGAAAUUCAGGGGUUACUUGAGCUAUCGGUUCAGAGGUCUUCAUGUGAAAGAGAUCCUUUUAAGGAUCGAUUGUUUGUUUACAUGAAGAGACAGGGAAACAGAAUGAUGCCUUUGUCAACAUGUAGAAUAGGAGUCAAUUCAUUUGAUCUUUUAGGUCUGGGUUACAGAGUGGAUUGGCCAGUCAGCAUCAUUUUAACCCCUGGUGCAUUGGAAAUAUAUGCACAGAUAUUUAAUUUUCUAAUUCGAGUCAAGCUUGCUGCUUUCUCAUUAAGUGACAUAUGGUGCUCAUUUAAGGAUCUACUGCAUUUGACAAAUCAAAAUCGCCAUUCUGAAGUACGCAAACCUGAAAUGCGUCAUUUCAACAUCUUAGUAAGAUUGAGGCACCAGGUUAAUCAUUUUGUGUCUACGUUGCAGCAGUAUGUCCAGUCGCAGUUAUCCCAUGUAUCCUGGUGCAGGUUUCUAGACUGUCUUAAGCAUAAGGUCAAAGAUAUGAUGGAUUUUGAGUCCGUUCACAUGGUAUAUCUAACUGAUUCCCUGCGCAUAUGCUUCUUAUCUGAUGAAAUGCAGUCCAUAUCCAGCAUUAUUGAAAGCAUUUUGCAGUGUGCGCUAGACUUUAAGUCUUGUCUAGUUGGAAUCCCUUGUGCAGCUGAACUUGAUGGAGGUUUGUCAGAUAAGCUUUCUCAAAUCAACAUUUCCCAGGUGCUUGCGAUAAAGCAAACUUUCGAUAAGAAUGUCAAAGAACUGCAUGCAUGUUAUCUCAAGACACCAAAACACAUUGAGUUUGGUCUUUCACAUUUCUGGCGUUAUCUCAAUUACAAUGAGUACUAUUCAGAUGCUAGUGAUGGAAUUAGCCACUAUGCUUUCAAGGUAUGAUGUGCGUGCCACUCGAGUGAUGGUGGCUAAUUGACAUGCGUCUGAGAUAAGAUUUAUAUUUCAUCGUUAACUGAUAGGGGUGGGCUGCAGCCCUAAAGGUUAGUUAUGUUGGACGUCUGUUAUGUAUUUAUUGUAAUAUAAUUUUGAGCAUAUAUAUGCAGCAGGCAGGUUGAUGACUGGUCCUUGGAGCUCUCAAGGGAAGUACUGUAUUUUGAAUGAAAUAUUUGGAAUAUAGUUUGUAUAAAACGUGAUUAUACCACUUUUCUUUUAUUCGAGCUAUGUUUUUUUCUUUUGACUUCUUAGUUUAUAGGAUUUUGGUGAGCUCGAGUUUACAAUAUGUUCGAAAUCCUUAAUGAGUUCAGCUCAAUGGAAAUUUAUUUAUCAUGUUAAAUGCA